CCAAGGAUUGAGGUGCAGCAGCCGUCCGCGGCCCGUCGCCAGGGGAGCGCCUACGGGAAGGUUGGCCUCUCUUUCUUGAGCACAUCGCUGGUGGAUGAGAGAGGGAGAGGGAGACGGAGAUCGAGAGAGACAAAGUCGAGGGCAUGGAUCCCCAGAGCGUAGCUUUUCAGCCACGCGACGAUCUCUGGCGCUUCCAGAGCGAAAUGCUUCGAGUGCAAGAGAGCCAAGCCGAACUCGCUGAUCGCGUCGCCCGCCUGGAGCGCAAGCACGAGGACGACUCGCGCCUAAAGAACGUCUGGGGCACUUCGUCACCCUUCCCUUCGGUCCUUGGGGGGACACCACAGCAAGUCCCCUUGCAGCAGCCCACGGCCGAGCACUUUUCCAACUUUGACGACCACUCAAGCAACCUCAUCGGCAAUCUCCAGCUCGACGCCGAUGAAGAGCCCCGUCGCGUAGGCGUCACCUCCCGCGCCAACAGCGUCCGCUUCGACGAGACGGCCAACCACGGUCACUGGGCCCACGCGUCGCGAUCUUCGCUGGAUUUGAUACCCCGCACCGGCAGCGGCAUGGGCGGACAUGCCAUGAGCGAACGCAGCUACUCGCACAAGUCGGACGGCAGGCAGAGCUCAGCUGGGCACUCGGUGCACUCGAUGGCGUCUGGUCGGGCCAACAGCCUCACAAGCUUCGGCCCAACCACGCCCCAAGAUGCUCCAGGGCUGGCUCCUGGCUUAUUCAUUCUGGGCUCGGUGCCCGCCAUCAUACGUUGCUGGCUCAACACUAACUUCAAGCACGACACGUUACUCUAUGCAGCCGUGUGCUCAGGCUCAUAUAUUUCUUACUUGGACCUGCACCUGAUUGAGCAGCUGGGCUUCCAGGACCAGGUCAUCCUGGACGAUGACGGUGUUCGCAAGAUCAAGCUGUCGGUCUACCUCCCAGAGGCCGUGCCAGUAUCGGCGUCUUCACGGUCUAGUAGCCCUGCGCCGCAACUUCCGUCAGUCGGUGUAGAUUUCACUGUUGUGCACGAACACAAUCCCGACGCCAACCCAAAGGCCAUCCAGAUUUUCCUUGGCAGCGACAUGCUGCGAGCACACAAUGCCGAUUUGCUGUUUUCAUCGAGCCAGCUAACUCUCUACGACGACGAGCACAGUAAACUCCAGAUACCCCUAGUUCGUCCGGAAGACGAGCGUGCGUUUAGGUCGCUGCACACUUCAAGUCAAUGCCGCGCCAUAUCCGCAGAGCACAACAAAAGAGCCCCAGUGUCUGCACCCACGCAACAUGACGACACGGGUGAGGGUUCCACCGCGUCAGCAGCCCACGAUCCUUUCUUGCCUACUGAUAAAUCUACUGACACAGGCACGGCAACAAACUCCGACGAUGGUGGGUCCAGCGGCCGGAGGAGUCUCGAGCAGCGUCCGCGGCUGGGCCUCUCCCUGUCGCGGCGCUCGGAAUAUAAAGACGAGCCAGAAUUGGACGCUGCCAGUGGAGCACCGCACCCUGCGGCACCAUCGGCUAUCUGGAGCAACUGGCGUCGUGACCAGGCCGAAAAGGCCAACGCGGGCUCGUUGGACUGGGCGAGCGUGGGUAAAACCACAAGCUCAACGCCCAGCUACCAACGACGCGACACAGGCAUCAAGGUGCUGAAGCCAUCCAAGCCGGCACGAGCCAUGUCGACGUCCAACUCCUUGCCAGCUACAGGGCAGUCGCGCUUCUUCGAUGAUGGAAAGCGCAGAGGCGAGCCUGAGACGGGCAGCAGCCCAGCGCCCCCACAGCCCAAGAGAACCGUGUCGGCAGAGAAGGCAAAGGAGAACAACAUGGCUUUUCCAAAGUCUCGGCCAGCAAAUCCGCGGAAGAUUGUGGUCCCCGCAAAAGACUCACCAAACGUCGGGGACGGCACUCAUUCACCGAAUGUGGCCAGCGCCGGUGUAGCGUCUCCUCGCUCCUCCCCGCAGCCGCCUGAAGCAUCACCGCCGCGCUACUUGCCACCGCACCUGCACGACGAGGUCCUUGUCGACGCUUCCGACUCUGGUAGUCAGUUUGCACGAGACCACAGCAACGGCGCCAGCUCUCCCAGCGAAGCCUACGCCAACCUCACCCUCGACAGCCGCGAGGGCUCCAUCACCGACCUCGACCGCACACGCGCCGCCGAGCAGUACUACAGCCCCUCGCGCCCCCCGCCCCGGGCAUCCUCACCCGCUAAGCGCUCUCAUUCAGACAUGGACGACAAGGCCGACCCCGACGCCGCUCUGCCCUCGAGCGACGCGCAGCCCACCCCCCACGCCAGCAAGCCGCUACCCGCAGGCGCAUCCCAGCGCAGCGCGCGUGCAGCGUCGGUCGACAUGGCCGACACGCCCAACAGCGGCAGCUCCGAGGCCGAUGGCGAUGCUUCGGGCUCCUCGGCCACCAGCAUCGACGCCUCGCAGCACGCCGAUCUGCCCACCAUAGACGAGCAGGUCACUCGCGUCAUGGGCAUGAUGACCAGUGAGCCUCUGGUGGACCGCCAAGAGGGCUACAUCAUCUCCGAGCGCUGGCUGGAGCGUGUCUGGGCGCGCACAUCGGAGAACAUCAGCAGGCCGCAGGAUUUCAGCAAAGAAGCGACCCAGGGCCCAGUCGGUCCGGUGGACAACUCGCAUCUUGUCGACGUCCAAGUACUGCAAGAUGACCUGGCUGACCAGCGCGGCGAAGACUUCAUUCCGCUUAGCAAGGCCGCCACCCUCGGCCAGGAUUUCGAGGUUCUCCCCCGCAAAGCCUGGGAGUUGGUACUAGGCUGGUAUGGACUCAAGAAGGGCAGCCCAGUCAUAAGGCGGUACGCCCACAACACGGUCCCGGGCCAGGUCAGCGAGGACAUUUCCUACGAGCUCCACCCCCCUAUUAUUACUGUCCGAAAAGUGCGGAAAUCAACAACUCUUGCAGACAAUACCAGGUUGGCGCAGAAAAUCGUUGCCAGCCGCUACGAGAGCUUCAUCGCUUUUCUUGAAGCUGCCAAAAAGGCUGCGGGUAUCGACUUGGACAAAAAGGUGCGGGUGUGGAGAAUCCUUGCCACUGCUCCCACCGACAAGCCUCAAUCAGCGCAGCCUGCUGGCAUACUCACUCCAGACGCAUCGCCCCGAAAUGGUUCACCUGUUGCGCCAAUAGGCACUCAAAUGCCUUCUCUUGUCAUGGACGUUGCAAGUUUCAACGGCCUUGCAUACGGGUCGGAGCGUGAGCUCGUCACAGGCAAGGACGAGAAGGCCAACGAGGACUUCAACGAAUCUUUGACUCUGGCCGAUGCUGGCCUUACACAGGACCAAGUCAUUGUGCUAGAGGAACACGACGAGAAAGGCGAAUACAUUUCCGACACAACCAAGGAUGCAUCCAAGACUAAGGCUACUGCUCUGGCUGGAAAGGGACUCCAAAGUACCACGACCAGUGGAAGAAACACGCCUACCGGCGGUCCUGUGACGCGCGGAAGAAAGCAGAAUGGCAAAGUGCGCGGCCACGUUGGAUUGACCAACCUUGGCAACACAUGUUACAUGAACUCGGCUCUCCAGUGUCUACGUAGUGUUGAAGAGUUGAGCAUGUACUUUCUGAACGGCAAAUGGAAAGAAGAGGUCAAUGCCGACAAUCCUAUAGGCCACAAAGGUGUCAUUGCUAAAUCAUAUGCUGGGCUGCUGAGUGCCAUCUACAGCCUUGACAACAGCUCUUCGGUCUCGCCAAAGGAUUUCAAGCAAAAGCUAGGAAGAGCGAAUAGCUUGUUCUCUGGUUACGGUCAGCAGGAUUCCCAAGAGUUUGUCAGCUGGUUGGUCGAUGCCCUCCACGAGGACCUCAAUCGGAUACACAAAAAGCCGUACCGAGAGAAUCCGGAUUCAGAGGACGACACUCAUCGCGAUCCAGAAGCUGUUAAGAAACUUGGCGAAAUCUACAGAGACAAUCACCGCGCCCGGAAUAACUCGGUGGCCAUGGACCUGUUUAGUGGGUUCUACAAAAACACAAUGGUGUGCCCAGAAUGCGAGAAAGUCAGCAUUACCUUCGACCCUUACAGCCAGCUCACCCUGCAGUUGCCAAUAGAGCAGACUUGGACCCACACCAUCACCUAUGUGCCGCUCAACGGAAAACCCUACCAGCUCGAGGUUGACAUUGACAAGAAUGCCACUAUCAAGACGUUGAAAGAGUUUGUCGGCAAGCGCGGCGGCGGCGUACCAGCCAACCGCAUCAUGGCUUCUGAGCUAUAUAGCCACAAAUUCUACCGCCACCUGGAUGAUGCACUCACCAUAUCCGAGUCGAAUAUUGGCGCCAGGGAUGACAUCUAUUUCUACGAACUUGAGUUGGCUCCAAGCAAUUGGCCCACCCCUAAAAAGAAGGGCUCAAAAUACAAAAUGCUGCUUUCCCAGUCCUCUGACGAGGACAUUCCAGAGAGCGCUUCACCGCUCCAUGACCGCAUUGUAGUCCCCCUCUUCCAUCGCAGUCCGGGUGUGUCAGCUUACAGGUCAUCGAGCGUCGGCAUGGCGCUUUGGCCUAGCUUCAUCGUCCUCACACGCGAGGAAGCAAGAGAUUACGAUGCCAUCUUGAGAAAGGUGUUGGCACGGGUCGCGCAGAUGACGACACGGAAGAUUCUCACUGAGCUCAGUGGAUCAGAUCAGUCGCAAUCUGGCUCUGAUGUCGUCCUGACAACUGAAGAAGAUGCUUCACCAAACGAUCCCCAGGUCAAGGAUGGCUCUGUUGAAGGUGAGGAUAUGGUCGAGGUGACUAUGACGGAUGCCAAAGACACAACUACCGCCCAAACCGAGAAUGCCAAUCAGAUUCCAGAAGUUCUCCGUCCGGGUGGCUACAUCCAUCCUGAGUUCAGACAGUUGUUCGAAAUGAAGCACACUAGAAAGAGUACUGAAAUUGUGACUACUGGUUGGAGUACACUGGAUCACAACCGCACAUGCGAGCCCAUUUCGAAGCGCAUCCGAGUGCCACCGUCGCGAGAGGAAUCUGUCCAGUCUUCUGUUGGUGGAAGUGAGGCCACGUCGAGUGAUGAAGACGAAGACGCGUCGCAGUCAACAAUUGUCGAUGCAGAUGCUGCGAUUGACGCGGCAAACGUUAGCAGCGACGAAGAGAUGCAGUCGGUCGAGCCGGAAACGACAGAAUUCGCGCGGUCUGGUCGUCAAAACAAGAAGAAGAGCAAAAAGGCACGAAAGCACGAGCGAAAAAUGGAAAGAAAGCACAAAAAUAACAAGAACUUCAAGAACCGCAAAGGCGGCAGGGUGCCUGAGCAGCCCAACUAUCCAGAAGAUGCGGAUGACGAGGCGGAUGACCGCUUGAUCCGCAUGGGCGAGGGCAUUGUGCUUGACUGGACUUCAGAGGCCAUUGACGCCUUGUUCGGAGGGACUGCGGACGACGAUCCUCGGGGCGCCGAUGUGAUGAAAUCUGUCGAGGUACUUGACGACCCUGAGAUUCAAGAUAAGAAAGCAAAACGCGCAGCCCGCAGGAAAAACGGCAUUAACCUCGAUGAGUGCUUCACUGAGUCGUCCAAGAGCGAAGUGCUCUCCGAAGACAAUGCAUGGUACUGCAGCCGAUGCAAGGAGCUGCGCCGUGCAACAAAGACGUUGGAGAUUUGGACUGUACCUGACAUUCUCAUCAUACACCUCAAGCGCUUCAGUGGCCACCGAACGUUCCGGGACAAGAUUGAGGAUUUGGUUGACUUCCCAGUUGAAGGAUUAGAUCUCUCGGGCAAAGUCGGCUACCCCGAAGGCAAGGAUCUCACUUACGACCUGUUCGCUGUCGACAACCACUAUGGUGGCUUGGGAGGCGGCCAUUACACAGCCACUGCUCAGAAUUUCUUCGAUAAGCAGUGGUAUGACUACAAUGAUUCCAUCGUGUCGCGGUGCGAAUCUGGCCGCAAGGCCGUCUCGAGAGCUGCGUACUUGCUCUUUUACCGCCGCCGCUCGCCUGUCCCUUUAGGCCCUCCGGAGCUUCAAAGAAUCGUAGCUGCCGAAGUCAGCAAUGCCGACUCUGAUGACGAGAAUACGGACGCAGAUGAUCAGCAAGCGCGUUCUCGCUCACCGGCGGGAAACGGCUUGCGCCUCGGCGAUUCGUCCCGCAAUGGGUCGUCGAGCGCUGGCGCAGUCGCAGCGGGAGCCGUAGCCCUGCGCGGGGAUGGCUAUCAGCGUUCAGCAGCCGGGAGCCGUCCAAAGAACGGAGUCGCAGCCGUGAACCUGAGUGACGAUGACGACUUGCCACCAUAUGCUGACGAAGAUGAAGGUUUCGUCGAAGACUCGUACACCAACAACCCUUGGACAGCUGAUAGCGAUCAGCCGAUCUGGAGUUUUAAUUCUCUUAGCGAUAACGCUACUCGCAAUGAUAAUGAUUCUGAUACUGGUGGCGUCGCGUCCGACACUGGGGCGGCGUCGACGGGUGACGGCAUGGAACUGAGCGAUAGACUUUUGGAAGACUUUGGUGACGAUGGUCCCGUCAAGGGGGCUUGGGGCGGUGUUGCCACGCCUGUUACCCAGCCGGAAGACGAUGUCGCCGAGAUUAGGCUUGUUGGUGAUUGAGGGUUAAGUGACGUACAGUGGAGUUUAGCUUAGACGAACAUGAUUGACGAAAGAGGAUUGGGAUGGAUAAAAAAAACUAUUGAUGUAAAUGACAACGACAUUGAUGAGGGUUGCUCAGGUGGGGUUUGCAACGGGAGUUUUGCAUAGCAUCUGUAGGCGCAGGUUAGGC